AAGUGGAGCGAUCUUUCUUUCUUCAGAUAGGAGAUAAGUCUUCUUUAGAGAUAAGAGAUAGAAGGAGCGGAACUUUCGUUCUUCUUCGAAUAGGAGGAGGUAAGUCUUCUUUGGAGGCUUUUUGGAUUUCUUUGGGAUCGGAUCUUUCUUUCUUUCUUCAGAUAGGAGGAGCGGAUCUUUCGGAUAGGAGAAGCGGAUCUUUAGAUUUUAAGUGA